CUGGGUAGUGCUUUUACAGGAUCUAAAAAAGGAAAAAAACAGAAGAAGAUUGUAGAAGAUGUCCCGAGCAAAGAAACAGAUACAUGACAACAAAGAGAGGAGCGUGCAUGAUCCCAGAGUAGGCUGAGCCAUUGGAGUUUGCAAGAAGAUUGUUGGAGCGUUUUCUAAAGGCGUGAAAAUGAAGACAGCUCUAAGAGACGCUCAAGCUCAUCUGAACCUCCCGGAGCAUAAACUCGUCACAGAAUCGCCAACAAGAUGGGCUUCGAGCCAGCGUAUGAUCAAGAGAUUUGUUGAGCAAGAAAAGGUAAUUCGUCAUGUGCUGGGUGCAGACACACAGUGUCUCAUAUCAACAUGGCAAGAUGUUGAAGUGCUGGAAACAGUGAGGGAAAUGCUUGGUCCUCUGUUCUAGUUGAGCAAAGUGUAACAGUCUCCUACCUAAAACCUGACUCGGAGGUCCUGAACACUGAGUACAAAGAAGGCAAUGUGGAUUUCCUCUUUGGUUUGACUUUCAUACUUGACCUCCGCAUUAAAGAAACACGCUACAGCCAUGAUGACCAGAUUAAAGCCAUUUCGUCAACAAUCACCACUGAGCUCAUGGCCAUGGCAGCAGAGGACGGCUGCGCUCCUCCAGGCCCCUCAACGGCUACAGCUCAGGUUACCACUGCAGAAGAUGGAGCAGAGAGAAGUGCCUUCUUUCGCUGACCCCUGGGGCUGUUUGGCUCCACUGAAGCCACCUCUGCCUCUGUGCCUCUCCGGGUCCGCCAGAGUUUGCCAGCCACCCCAGGAGCACCAGGACUGCCAACCCCACCCACUGAGCAAGUCUCCACACCACUGACACCUCCCGUCUCCAUCCCUUGCUCCCUCUGCCAGCCAGACCUUUCGCCAUCCAUGUCAAUCAGCCUUCUUCUCUGGAAGUCAACCACUCCCACCUCCUCUGCAGUCAGAGUCUGACAGAGAAGACCGCUUUUAUCAGAUCUUGGGAGCGGAAGGAGAUCGUCCCCCUUGCUGUCCCAACUACUCCACCUCCUCCUUGUCUUUCUCCUCCUCUUUCUCCUCCCUCCUUCUCUCCUCCAGCCCUGCAUCGUUUCAUCAUGGGCCGACUCAAUCGAUAAUGCGUUUCGCCAUUCAUCUCAACUGACAGCUCAGCCGUGGAGCGAGGCGAGAGAACUGGUGUGUGUGUGCGAGAGAGGGAAAGAGAGAGAGAGAAAGAAAGGAAGAGAGAGAGAGAGAGAGAGAGAAGACGAGAGCGCUAGAUUGAAAGGCAAACGUCUGUGGCCACCACCAGCCUCGUCCCUGGGUGACAGGAAGUGAAGGAUUUUUAUUACAGCCACAAACAGACUGUCAGUGUUGGCUGCAGGUGGUAGUCGGGUCGAGGCCUCACCUUAGAACCACACCCGCUGGGACAGAACCUCCUAAACCUGGAUGUUUUCCCAGGUUCUUUACUUCAUUCGUUCUUCUCAAUCGUCAAAGUGUCAUUAAAAACCAAACCGACGCACACAUAAUUGCAUUUGCUGGAUAUCCGUUCCUCUCCAUCGACCCCUACUACUUGGUUCAAAAUGGCGGUGAAUGUGACACCGAUCCGAGACACAAAGUGGCUGACGCUGGAGGUCUGUCGGGAAUUCCAGAGAGGGACGUGUUCACGGCCGGACAGCGAGUGCAAGUUUGCCCACCCUGCCAAGAGCUGUCAAGUGGAAAACGGCAGAGUCAUUGCCUGUUUUGAUUCACUCAAGGGCCGAUGCUCGCGGGAGAACUGCAAGUACCUCCAUCCUCCUCCUCACCUAAAGACCCAGCUGGAGAUCAAUGGAAGGAACAACCUCAUCCAGCAGAAAAAUAUGGCGAUGCUGGCCCAGCAGAUGCAGCUCGCUAAUGCCAUGAUGCCGGGCACACAGCUACAGCCAGUGCCGAUGUUUUCAGUCACACCCAGCCUUGCAACCAACGCCAAUGCUGCUGCUGCUGCUGCGGCGGCCGCCGCGUUUAACCCCUACCUUGGCCCCAUGUCGCCCGGCCUGAUGCCCGGAGACAUGUUGCCCAGUGCCCCCGUACUGGUCACCAGCAACCACAACGUCCCCGUUGCUGCUGCUGCCGCUGCACAGAAACUCAUGAGGACAGACAGACUGGAGGUUUGUCGAGAAUACCAGCGGGGCAACUGCACACGCGGGGAGAACGACUGUCGCUUCGCCCACCCGGCGGACAGCACUAUGAUCGACACCAACGACAACACAGUCACUGUGUGCAUGGACUACAUUAAGGGCCGCUGCUCGAGGGAGAAGUGCAAGUACUUCCACCCUCCGGUUCACCUGCAGGCCAAGAUCAAAGCCGCCCAACACCAAGUCAACCAGGCUGCAGCUGCUGCAGCUAUGACUCAGUCGGCUGACAAAUCACUGAAGCGACCCCUCGACGCAACUAUUGACCUGGGGCUCCCUCCCGUCUUGCCUCCGUUACCAAAGAGACCUGCACUUGAAAAAGCCAACGGUGCCACCACGAUGUUCAACGCUGGCGUAUUCCAGUACCAACAGGCCCUGGCCAACAUGCAGUUUCAGCAGCAGACUGCCUUCAUACCAUCAGGCUCGAUAUUGUGCAUGACACCUGCAACAAGUGUUGUACCCAUGAUGCACGGUGCUACUCCAGCCACUGUGUCUGCAGCCACCACAUCUGCCGCAAGUGUUCCCUUUGCAACCGCAACAGCCAAUCAGCAAACGUCUCCCUCUCUCCCUCUCUCCUUCCCUGUCUUUCUCCCUCUCAAUCAGAUUCCAAUAAUAUCUGCAGACCAUCUGACGAGUCACAAGUAUGUGACCCAGAUGUAGGAGUCUCAUUCUGAACAGUGGGAGUGGAGCGUCAAGUCCAAGAUUAGCAGUUACCCUUCAUGCCUGUAACAUCUAAAUCUGCAUGUUAACGUAGGCGGCAGAGUUUGUCGGGAUCUAUUUCUUGUGUAUUUCAUUGCACACUAUUUACAAAACAAUGGAAGAGAGCAUCAUUUGCAUUUACAGACUGCCUUUCGCUCAGUAGAGGCUACUUACCUUUAUCCACCGGACACACUCUGAAUGUGAAAAUGAGAUAAACGUGUGGAGCAGUCGUCAAAAAAAAACAAAACAGCGACCGCUCGAUUGGUACGUCCAUUGACCAAGAAUCAUGACUGAUGGUGUUUGUUUGUUCACUGAUUGUUGGUCUUUGACCUAAAAUGUGUUCAUUUGUUUACACAGAGGUGCACCUUGUAUUUCAGUUGAGGUAAAAAAAAAGAAAAAGAAACAAAUAAUGCGACUGAAUCACAUAUGCAUGUACACACGAUUCUUUAGUUUUUUUCUUCCUGACUUUCUUUGUUAAACCAAUGAUAAGGGAAAUGACACGAGUGCACUCAGAGGCAGAAUAGCAACUGAAUGUGUGUGAGGUGACUUUUGGAAACCUUUCCGUCUUUCAAGCACAUGUCUUUAAACUCGCUAGCGUCCCUGUAAAGUGCCAUCCAUCUCAAAGUACGCGAAAGGCAUUGGAGCAGUGUUACAAACUCCCUUUAACAUGUUUCCUCUCAUGGACGCCAUGUCACGUCUCGUGUCAUUACCUGUGAUUCCAAAUAUCACCACUGCUGAUCAGAUUAUCUUCCCCAGAUUGAAUGCUUUACUCAAAUCUUCUACUGAAUGAAAAGCUUUUUUCUUUUAUUCUUCGAGUUUCACGUCGAUGUCGGUUGUUCAGACAUAAAAAAAAAAGGGCGGGAGCGGAUAUGUCCGUGUCUGUUUAGUUGAUGGCGACUAUGAUCUUAACUUAUAUGAUGAAUAGCUUUGACAGAACACAGCGAUCGGUCGGGAUGCAAACUGCUGAGGGAGAGCGGAGUCAAGAAUCUACACUUAUGUGAUUCGUUUGACCGGAUUUGUGUUCAUUUGUUUGGUUCUGCAUAUUUUAGGGCAGGUUGUGAAAGGUAGAUUUGGUGUAGUGUAUAUACAGUAGAGUCUGGCAUAUUUAAGAAAAUGUGUUAAAUACAUCUACCUGAGAACUGUUAGUCAGCCAAAGGCUUUUUUGUGUGUGUGUGUGUGUGUGUGUGUCUCUGUUACUCGAUGUUGUGCGUAUCAUUUUUAAAAACACGUGGGCCUCGUGAGUGAGCCCAAAGAAAUAAGGACUGAGUGUUUAGAGUAGUGUUUUUUUUGUUUGUUUUACGUGCGUGUUUUUGUUCCGAGUGUUGUUCAGGCGUAAUUUAAUUGGUGGGUAGCGCAGGGAAACGUGGUAAGAUACAUAAACGAUUGUAUUACUCAUCCAAAGCCUUAGAAUGUACCAUCGGGUCAGCACAAUGCAACAUGACAUUUGAAAUCAUUCAGUUGCCUAAUCCACGUCAUAUUAACACACACACACACACACACAUACACAGAGCACUAUGUAAUUGUCACUUUUUUUUUUCGUCGUCAGUGUUUUCUUAACUUUAUCAGACAAGGUGUGUUAUAUUACUUUAUUUUGUUUGGAUGACAUUUAGUUUUUUAGGUCAGAUUUUUAGUUUUGCUGAUUAUAUUUAUCUUUCUUAUAAUAAUAUAAGGUUUAAAAAAAAAGAGAGAAAAAAAAGGGUGUGUUUUUGUGUGCGUUUCCCCCCCAUGCACAAUGUUUCCUGACAAUUCCAUGUAAGGUUCAUUUUUAGUAUGAUUAUGAUUGAAAACUCAGUAUUUUCUAUGUUAUGCAUAUUGUUGAAGUGUAUGCAUUUUUUUUGUUCAUUUUUUCUCUAGUCCGUGUUUGUGUUCUUUGAACAAAGAUGUUUUAUACGAGUAUCUAAAAGUGAUGAAAUAAUAGAACAGAGAGGCUAAGUGGUCACUGUGGCAGCCGUCGCCAAUAAUCCAGUCAUAUUUUAACGAUUGUAAGGUUUGUAACUAGUCAAAUAAGGGGGAAAAAAAAGACUCUUAUUAAAAAAAGAUGUUUAGAGUAAAGAUGUUAUUUUCUACUGUAUCCAUUUCAAAUAGUAACUAUUGUUUUAAUAUUUUUACUCUCCCUGGAAAUUGGGCCAUGUCGGAAAAACAAGCUGCAUAUUUGAUCACUUUUUUCAGGGGCGUUGCUGGCGGGGGUUUGGGUGAACGUGGCGAGCGGGGAAGUGAGUCUGCACACUCGCCUCUUCCUCAGCCGGCCGCAAACAACCAGGGUGGGGGUGGGGAAAUGUCGAUAAAGGUGAUAAAGUUGAUAAAGGUUGACUUUUUUGCACUUCUGUACAUAGUCAAAAAAGAGAGAAUCGUGUAUAUUGAGAUCUUAUUUUGAAUAAAAAAAAAAAACAAUAAUAAUAAUUGUGUCUAUAACGACAACGGAAUUUUGCUAGGAUAACAAGAAAAAAAAAAUCUUUUGAAAGGCUGAACAAAAUUGCUUGCAUCAAAAAGGGCACUGAGUUCUCACUCUCCUACCCAUUUCAGACAAGGCCAAGUGUUGCUCUUGUUUUUUUGUCAGCAGCUUGUAGUUUGCCAGGAAACCAAACCGGAGGAGGCGUCCACUGACCUCCUGUGUAAAGGGCCUGACCGGGUUUGUCUGCUCCCCCAACCUGCCGUUACUGACAGGUGUGUGUGCGUGAGUGCGUGAGUGCAUGAGUGCGUGCGUGCGUGUGUGUGUGUGUGUGUGUGUGUGUGUGUGUGCCCUCCCAGGUCCGACUACUCACAACAUGUCCUGUCUCUUCACUUUACUCAGAGAGAAAUGCAUGUUCCAGGAAAUACAUGUACCUGUUUUAAUAAAAAGUCACUUUAAAAAAGAAAGAAAAAAAAAAACCAUGACGACACAAUAAGAAAACAUGUUACACACGGAGAGAUGUAUUUACAGUAUACAAUAUUCUAUCAAUGUAAUGGAAUAAAACAUACAUAUAUAUAUAAAUAAAAAUACAAAAAUAGAAUAGUGGAUUAUUUAGAAGAAGAAGAAAAAAAAAAAAGAUUCCUCAGAAAUAUACUCACUAAAAGUUUCACCAUUUGGAGAGUUAAUACACAUGCAACACAAACACCAUAGUUCUAUAAAUACGUUCUUUAUGUUCAUGUAAGCUGUGCUUCUAGUAGAUGAAACUGACCAAACGGGAACGUUGUUCAACAUCGGGCAGGGUUUAGUAGAACGUUACUUUAGUUGUGGUUUUUGGUCAUAAUCUUGUCACCUUUGUCAUCGCUCAUCUCCUACAAGCACGCAUGCUUACGUUUAUGAUAAAAUGUUUUUUUCUUUUCUUUUGUUUGUUGUUUGUUUUUCCUGCUUGUAGUGCUAAUAAUGAUGUAUUCUGUCUUCUGCUGCAGUUUGUUUCUGCUUGUUUUACCGUCCAGGCCCCCUGAAAGGAUGUGCCAAAGUUUGCAUGCCGGUCGCCUCCUCGGAGAAAACCAACCGAUUGCCAUAGUCUAAAGCCAUAAAAUAUUAUAAUCUCAUCAGAGUGAAAUGUGAAGAGAAAGCAGAGAUGAAGCAGAGGUGGGAACUGUUGAAUGAAUGCAUUUGCUGAGGUUUUUAUGAACAACAACAACAUCACGUCACAAUUAAAGUCGUGAGUGUUUGUAAUGAAAACCUGUCGUGUGCCAAUUUAUGAUGGAUAAGAAGUAAUAAGUAGGUUCUUGGCACAUUUUUUCACGUGGCCUGUAUUGCUAUAUUGAUUCUUGCUGUUAUGAAUAAAAAAAAAAAAAAGGAAUAAAAAUUUACAAAUGAACUGAACCAAA